AUGUAUGAUAUCUUGGACUGUACGGCGUACGAUGGUCAAACUCAAGAUACUGCAAAGGUCAAGGAGUUUCCUCUCCUUUCGAGUUAUGGCACUGAUGUGCUGUGGCUGAAGGCGUACAUAACAGUAAUGCACGUUGAUCAGGGUCUCUACCUUUGGACAGUGUACCUCAGAUCUCAGCCGCGAAUUACUCAGGAGAAGGGGUUCGGUCUUCGAAGGAUCAUCUCAGAUGCGGAGAACACUCCUCUCUGUGUUUCUCCUCCUCCAGAACUCCUCUGCCCCAACGAACUCCGCGCACAAAGCACGAGACAUGUUGUUGAUCGACGUCGGGGUCUCCGCGUCCCCAUCACUCCACCCUGUCUUUGCAAUCGGACCGAAGGUGUCGUAUAUGUCACAAUUGUGCGAAAGCAGCGCCGAAGUGUGGAUACCAUUUUAACCCACAAAAUCCUCCGGACCAUUCUUGAAAGUCGGACGUUGAGAUAUCGAGAGUAG